AGCGUUGUGUGUACCCUUCCCCUCUCCUGUCGGCGGGCCCCGGUCACCCGCGUGGCAGCGGCUCCUCCUCCUCCUCGCUUCACUGCCGCGGCUCAUCGCCCUCCGCUCAGUCCCGUGCUGAAGAAGCGGUGCGCGCGCAUGGCUCGAGCCGGUCUUUACGACGGUGACAGUGAUUAGCACGGUGAGACUGAGCUCUUCCGCGCGCUUUCUCACCCGUCCCGUUUGCGCCCGCACGAGAGCCGGUUCUCUCGACCCGCGAGAAAUGCACAUAGAGCCGAGGAUGUUUGUUUGACUAGUUCGUUUGUUUUCUCUGUUUAAUUCGUUUGCCGGAAGCGUUGUUCUCAAAUCACCUUCGCGCGGCGUGGCAGUUUUGGCACGCGGACGGGAAGUUUUAUUUUAGAUACCAUAUGUGUAUUUAGGUGUGUUUUGUGUUAGGUUUUUUUCCGUGGGUUUUUCCCACUAGCCGAAGAAGUCUGUUGGACGAUCACACCUUCAGCUGGAGUUUAUUAAAGAGUGAUUAAAAAAAGGCGAUAUAAUAAUUUUCUCCUACGGAUACUCGUCAACUCGCUGGCGUGUUUCUCGGACUGUCGCCGGGUCGCCAUGGAAGGACCGCAGUGAACAAGCGGCCCAACCGAUGACCCUGGGCAGCGCGGCCGCCCCGAGGCGCCCCCCGGCCGGCGGGCUGUGCUCGUGCUGUGGCGCCCGGAUGACGCCCUACUUCUCGGAGAAUGCGGUGCUCUCUCAGAGCCAGAUCAGCCAGAUCAUCAGCGAGAGCUUCUUAACUGUGAAGGGUGCAGCUGUCUUCCUGCCUCGCGGAAAUGGCUCCUCACCUUCCUCAGUCCCUCGUAUUACACAGCGAUGGAACAAACAUGCAGGUGACCUCCAGCAGCACCUGCAGACAAUGUUCAUGCUGCUGCGCCCAGAGGACACCAUCCGCCUGGCGGUGCGUUUGGAGAGCGUACACCCUCAAUGCACCCGCUACAUGGUGGUGGUCUCCACCAAUGGGCGACAGGAUACAGAGGAGAGUGUGGUCCUGGGCAUGGAUUUCAGCUCAAGUAAUGGCUCCUGCUCGGUAGGACUUGUUCUGCCACUGUGGAGUGACACUCUGAUUCACUUGGAUGGAGAUGGGGGCUUCAGUGUGUCCACAGUCAACAGGGUCCAUGUCUUCAAGCCAGUUUCAGUACAGGCCAUGUGGUCAGCACUACAGUCUCUCCACAAGGCCUGUGAGGUGGCUCGGUGCCACAACUAUUACCCAGGUAGCCUCUUCCUCACCUGGGUCAGCUACUACCAGAGUCGGGUGACCUCAGACCAAGCCUGCAUCAAUGAGUGGAAUGCCAUGCGGGACGUGCAGUCGCACCGCUCUGACUCCCCUGUGCUUUUCACUGAUGUGCCAACGGAGCGAGAACGCACUGAGCGGUUGAUCAAAAUGCGGCUGAGGGAGAUCAUGAUGCAGAAGGACCUGGAAAACGUAACCUCCAAAGAGAUUCGCAAUGAGCUGGAAAUGCAAAUGGUGUGUAACCUGCGUGAGUUCAAGGAGUUCAUCGACAAUGAAAUGAUUGUCAUCUUGGGCCAGAUGGACAGCCCCACUGAGAUCUUUGACCAUGUCUACUUGGGUUCUGAAUGGAAUGCCUCCAACCUAGAGGAGCUUCAGACCAGUGGGGUGCGGUAUAUCCUGAACGUGACGCGGGAGAUCGAUAACUUCUUCCCUGGCCUGUUUGAGUACCACAACAUCCGUGUGUAUGAUGAGGAGGCCACCAAUCUCCUAGAGUACUGGAAUGACACCUACAAGUUCAUCUCAAAGGCCAAAAAAGCAGGUGCCAAGUGUCUGGUGCACUGCAAGAUGGGUGUGAGCCGCUCUGCCUCCACUGUGAUUGCUUAUGCCAUGAAGGAGUACGGCUGGGACCUGGAACGUGCCUUCGAUCACGUAAAGGAGCGCCGUGCUGUCACAAAGCCCAACCCCUCUUUUAUGCGACAGCUAGAAGAAUACCAGGGCAUACUUCUUGCUAGCAAGCAGCGGCACAAUAAACUGUGGCGUUCGCAUUCUGACAGCGACCUCUCCGAACGACACGAACCCCUGUGCAAGACUCCGCACACACUGGGCCGCUCAGACCCGCACAACAACAACAGCAACCCUCCCUCGCUGCAACAGUUCCUAGGCAUGGCUGUGCUACAGGCGCUAGCUGUCGACAAGGAGGAGGGUCUCCUUGAUGCCAGGGGGAAUGAAUCGCCCGCAACAGAGGUCAUGCCUGGGGUGUGCAUGAACUUCCUGGAGUCCAGCUGCCUGGACAUCUCUGAGGAGACCCUUCCUUCACCAGCAUCACCUUCAGGCCGGUGCUUACACCUACCUCCUGCGCAGAGGCUGCUGACAACCACCAUGGUGCCUGAGGAGAGCACAGAUGAUUCACCAGUGACAGUCCACCCCAACUCAUCUCCAUCCCUUCACAUCCCCACUGCUUCCUCUUCUGAGUCAAUUCUGGAAUCCCUUGAACUGCAUAUAACCAGUGCUGGCUGUUCACAGCCAUCCACCUAUGUGCCUGAACAAAACUUGAAGCCUGUGUGUUUGCCUUGGGCUGCACCUCACACAAAGAGCUCUGAGCCACUGCCUGAAGCUUCCAAGCUCAGAGCUUCAGGACUUUGUGAUUUGUCUGCACUGGCCCAUGACUGCAACCGAAAUGACAGUUUGCCAUUUCCAUCUCAAGAUAGUAACAGUAACAACAACCCCAAUACCACAGAGUUGGACAGUGUUCAUCUUCCCACUUUUGAGGUUGAUUCCUCAAGUCUCAACACAGAUAGUAUCAACUUUUUUAGUGCUCGGGACAAGUUCCUUGAACUGAGCCAGGAUGGUGGCACUCGCCUGCUUUCUGAGUCAGUAGCUCCCCAGACACCCCAUGCUAACGGCCCAAGGCUGGAUCUGCAGCCACUGUGUCUGGAGGAGCCUUGUGGGUUUUCAAGCACAGAUGACCAAGUCAAGAAGUCCCCUCAACUGGAGGAAACCAGAGGUGGCAGCCCCAGGGUUACAGCAUCCUCACAACCUUAUCAGGCGAAUGGAGUCUCCGUCCGCCACAUCGUCACCGAGCUGGAGUCCAUAUCACAGGCUGUGCCCUUUCUUUGCCACACCAGCCUUAUGUGUUCCCAGCAAGAGGUGGCGCGAGAGGAGGAACUAAGUAUGGAGGAACCAGAGACAAGAGAUGGGUUUGUUAGUAAUCCAUUGCCUUCCCCCUCCACACAGUCCCUCUCCAUGCCUCCUACUGACUGGCCCUCAGGCUCUGUACGCCGUGUGACCAAACAACUAGAGCAGAGACUAAGGCAGGAGCUGGAUUCCUCCCUACCUUCCACUUCAUGUCAGCAGUUUCCCCCCACAUCCAGCAGAGGUCAUCCUAAUUGUGGUGAGGGGCUUGUCACUGUACAGCAGGAAGAAGAGCAGCAAAGGGGAGGUGAUGAUCACAAAGCUGAGGAAGAGCAUGGAGAUGAUGGUAGAGCAUUUUCUGGUGAGAGAGUGGGACUUCCAGUUCAGUCACUUAUUCAUGCCCCCAACACCAACAGCCCCGAACCUGAUCCACUCCCAUCUGUGGUGAAUCUGCAAGGUGUGACGGAGCUGGAGACAGACACAGAACAGGUCUUGGACUGCAAGGGGGGAGCAGAGCUAUUGGGGAAGCGAGCACACAGCAGCCAGGACCUGGAGAAAAUCCAGGAGACUCUGCGGGAACUGCAGGCCUUCCUAAGUGAGGCAGGGGGGCAUGAGAGAGAGACUGAAGGGCUGGCCGGUGAGCGGGUCUGUCCUCAGAGCAGUGAGGAGGUUGUGUCCAGCAAAGCUACACUCCAGCGCAAUGUUUCAGAGCUGGAUGCCCGGAUCCGGCAGGCUGGACUCACACCCCCCUCCCUUAUGAAGCGCUCUGCUUCUCUGGCCAAACUGGAUCGCCUGGAGCUCUCCACCAGUGACCUGAGCAACUGGGACUUCAGUCCCCCCCCUACCCCUAACCCAGAGCAGCCACCCUUGGCUUCUGCCUCCCAACCCCACCCCAUUCAGGAUGAUGCCACCAAAAAACAGCGUGUACUACCUUCGCAGCCUCCCAGCCUCUCUGUGGAAUCCUGCACACUGGAGGACUGUUCCAAGUCUGUAGGAUCCCAUCUUGGUGACCCUGAGCCCAAAGCAGACUCUUCACUGGUACGCUCUGCAUUCUCCUCAGAUUUGCCAUGCAGAGAUGGGGGUGGGGCCCAGGAUGCUCAGGUAGCCACACUUCCAGUCUCCUUGGCAACACGGCAGCAGCAAGGGAAAAUCCACUAUUUGCGACGGUUGAGGAAACCAGGGGAAAAAAGACGGACUGCUGCGUUUCUUUACAACACCAUGUGACCCUCAGUAUGUGGCCCUCAAUGAAUGAUCCUUACCGAGCAGUGAGCUCCACGCACCGUUUGAGCCUGCACUGCUGAGGAAAUGACUGACUGUUAGAUUUUGUAUUUUGGUUAUUGUUGUGCGUAAGGGGUGCGAGUUCUAGAGUAUGGUCUCCGUACAGCUGUGUGUCCUCGAGUCUGUAUAAAAUGUGUGUCGCAGCGCGGCAAUGUUAUGUUGAACGUGGGCCUCGGCGUGUUUUUGACUGAACGCGUAUGUCUCGAUGGGCUUGUCUGUCACAGCCAUCUGUUCCUUCAGGGUUUUUCAGACAAAAGUAAAUCAGAUUUUUUUUCCUCUCAACAUGCACUUUACUGUUUUUAUCAGAUUGUUUUCAUAUCUGUUUUAACCUGAGGGAGUAUUUUUGCACUGUGUCAAGGAUAGCCUUUUUGUGUAUUAUGUGUUGUACAGGAAUGCAAGUGGUGGUGUUGUUUUUAAAACCAGACAAAGUUUGUAUUUUUUCUUUUUUAUGCU